GGCGUGGGGCGGGCGGUGCCUACAGUCGCCCAUGCCCCCUUUUGCCCUCCGCUCGCUGCGGGGGAAGAAGCGUGAACUUGAACGCAGCCUUCACUGCUCACAGUGCGAGUCCAGGCAGAGGCCAGCGAGGCAGCCAGUCAGUCUUAUCAGUAGGUCCCCGCCGCUCAGGUUUCGGUCAACUUAUCGGAGAAGGAGCAGCUGGACUUUGAGAGUGCGCGUUCAGAAAAAGGUGCCAAACGCGGAACGCUCGACGCGAUGUCCAGGCGCAAACUUGGAAGCAAACCGCAGCACCUGAGUGCAAUUCAAGAUGUCACCGACAUGGCGGAUGGCACCAGUCCAUCAGACGACCAGCCUCCUCCUCCUCCACCUCCUCCUUCUCUUCUUCCUGCUCCUCCUCAACAGGUCGGGGCUCCCGACGAGUGUCGUGACCUCCUAACCUGUGGUCAGUGCAGCCGGGCCUUCCCUCUCGCCCACAUCCUGGCGUUCAUUCAGCACAAACAGGGCGGCUGCCGCACCCGAAAUCAAGUCCCUAACACCAACGCCACACCCCCCUCACCUGCCAACCGAACCCAGCAGCAAGUCGCCAACACCGAGCCGGGGCCGGGCUUCAUCGAGCUGAGGAGAGGGGCUGCCAGAGACAGAGCCUGGGGGGAGGAGCCCGGCGUGAAGGCGGAGCACAGCAAAGCAGUGUCCGAGGAGCCCUCCUAUUUCGCCUGCCAGCAGUGUGAAGGUGUGUUUCCAUCUGCAUGGGCGCUCUUACAGCACGCUCAACACACACACUCCUUCAGCAUCUACCAGGAGGACGAGGAGGAUGACAUUCGAGGAGGAAGAGGAGGACUUAAAGAGCACAAACCUGCUGCAGCCACUCUGGACCCUCGCCACCUGAGCCAAGCUCUUGCCUCCGCCUUUCAGCCCUCCGCACUGCGCCUAAGUCGCUCCCGUCAGACACACACCACCACCACCACCUCCUCCUCCUCCAGUAACAUGCAGGCUCUGAACUUUUCAGUGCGGCUCAGGGAGCUCGCCGAGGGGAAUAAUAACACCACCGGAAGCUCCCCUGGAGGCCUGGUGCUGUCUCCGUCCUCUUCUCCACCAGCAGCAUCUCCCUUUCCUCAGACUAGCACCCUCCAGACUGAUUUCCACUGCGAGCCAUGUGACCAGAGUUUCCAUUCCCUGCGCGCCCUGUCUGCCCACCGUCGGACUCACGCUUGCGAGAGGCCCUAUCACUGUGGAGUGUGCGGGCAGGCCUUUGCCCAGAGCGGCCAGCUGGCCCGUCACAUAAGGAGCCAUCACAGGGUGGCUGGAGGUGGAGGAAGUGGGUAUGAGUCGGUGGAGAUGGUCGUGAUGGAGGAGGAUGUAGGGAGGCAGGGGAUGAGAGGGAGGUUUCAAAUGCAGCCAGCUGUAAUCAUGGGAAAGGGAAUGGUUGGUGCAGAUGUGAGAGCCCAGGGCCCCUGUGAGCUCGACCUGACCCUGCCCAAACACCCCUCUGUAGCUUCAGGCCUGACGCUGCUGCCCUCGCAGGUUAGACCAACAGACAGGGAGCUGUUGAGGCUGUACCAGCCCCAGAGAGAAGGGGGAGAGGGAGGCGAGGAGGAGGCAGAGAGCCAUGGAGAGCCUCGGCACACCUCACCCUGCGCCAGCCCCUCUGAAGGCUCACUGGAAAGCGGAGAGACAGGGGGCAGCGGCGAGAGCGGCAUCGCCAGUGGCAACUGCACGCCCAAACGGCCAGAGAUGGGUGACAGAGCGCGAGGAGUCGGAGAGUGGGAGAACGAGAGAGGGGAGAUGAUGGAGAAAGAGUGGAGCUCAGCUAAAGUCAGCGAGGUUGUGCAGGAGUGGCAGAGGGAGAACGAGCGGAGGAGUGUAGGAGGAGGUGUGAGCAGUAGUGGAAACAACAACAAUAAUAAUACCACCAGUUCAGGUGGUAAGAAGAAGAAAGACGAGGCCUGUGAGUACUGUGGUAAACAGUUCAGAAACAGCAGCAACCUGACUGUGCACCGCCGCAGCCACACAGGUGAAAGACCCUACCGCUGCGGCCUCUGCAACUAUGCCUGCGCUCAGAGUUCAAAGUUAACGCGUCACAUGAAGACCCACGGCGCUCAAGGAGCUAAGGCUUCCUUUUUGUGUCAACUGUGCGCCGUGCCUUUCACUGUUUACGCCACUCUGGAGAAACACCUGAAGAAAGUCCACGGCUUGAGCCACGCCAGCGUGGGAGCAUAUGCACAGGCCAGCGCUGCAGACACUUUGGCUGCUAUAAAAGCCGAAGAAGCAGUGGUGGUGAAGAUGGAGGAGGACGAAGCCAGUUUAGAUCAGAUAGAAAUGGAGAGCAAAAUGCAGAGCUACGUGGUGAAAAGCAUGGAGGUGGAGGAGGGGCAAAGCCAAGCGCAGUACGUGGAGAACAUUGGGAGUCCGGCCAUUGUGGGCGAUCUCCCACCUGAGAGCAACGCAGACGUGAGCUUAGCUUUGACCUCUGCACCAUGAGAGCUGCUCUCAUUCACUAAUUGACAUCAAAACAGCACUGUAUAGGAUUUAACCCGCCCAUUCAAUCAGAAAUACAAACAGUCAGGUUAAACUGGAAUCUCGUUUAAAGAGGAAGCUGUAGAAAACAGCAGGCAGUCGCAUCCUCUCUGCCAGCACAGAGGCACCCAGCAGCCACGUUUUUCAUGAUUGUAUGCAAAGCUGCUGGUUGAAACUAAGUGCCUACAGUUCUUUUAGACCACAGAGCAAAAACAAGGCCAUGACAUUCAACAGGGAGAUUACCAGAGCUCUUGAACAGGAAGUGAACUACCACAGUCCACACCGACACAGGAAACUGAUCACCAUGUUGCAGCGCAGGAUGCAAAAGACGAGUGAUUUAUCUCUCUGGUGACCCACCGGACAGGUGGAGACAGAUAUAAACUGUCAGAUAAUAUAGAGAAGUGAUUAUAUUGAAUAUGAGAAGAGGGAGAGAAAAAAAAAGCCUAGCAAUAGAACGAUGUUAAUAUAUUUUCAGCAUCAGCAGAUGGAGAGAGGUCAUAUUGUGCUACCUAGCUUGUUGCUGGUUUUCUUUUUGAGAAGACCUUUUAAAGACUAAAGAUGUUUGAACAGACACAGGAGUGAAAUGAAUCCAAACACUGUCUGCCUGCAGUUUCUCAGACUCCUCUUUUUAAAGGCGCUUGGUUGUCACAACACUUGUCACUUAACAUAAUGUUUACAGGGCUCACGGGGCCUGGCGAGGUUGUGCUCCUGACUUUGUGACAGUAUGUAUGGAUGUUUUUUUUGUUUUUUUUGUUGUUGUUAUAAAUGUGAAUAAGGGGACUUUAAAGUUCCAUCUACUGAUGUUUUUUUUUCUCCAUUAGUUCCUAUGCAUAUAAAAAUAUCUGCAAUUUUACUUACAUACAUGUGAAACGGGUGUAUAUUAUUUUCCUCUAUCUAUUAUUGUGAUGGUAAUUUCUCUCUUUCACUGUUUACAUUUGUAAAGUGCCGGACUGCUUGAAGCUCAUGCAUGUUUUGCAGCCAUUUGAAACUCUUUUUUUUUUUUUACUUUUUGUUAUUAUUUUAUUGCCUGUGUUUGAAUUAUUCCUAAUUUAUGGUUGCUGCAUGUUGGUGGUUGUGUAACAAAAAAAAAAAAAGAAGCUGUUCCCCUGCUGAACUACAGGGUUGGGAGGUGAGGGAGUAGCAAGUCGAUCAGCGUGGAGUUUUGUUGUGGGAAGCGAGCACUUGAUGAGCGAGUUUGUGUGUGUGUGUGUGUGUGUGAAUGUUUUUGUGUGUACAUAUACCGGGAAAACAUCCUUAGGUGACGCUUCUACUUGAACCCUCUGUCCUGUGAUCUUGUGUCCGCAGCAUGACUGGACUGGUCCCAAUAGACGUGUCGUGCUCUUGAGUCCAAAAACAUGUUAAACAUGAGGGAAAAUCGAAUGCUAGGACAAAAGGUUCAAGUGUGAGUGUCUCCAUCUUUAUCGUGACUACUGUGAUGACUUUGUGUUACCAUAUCUGAUUUCUACUUGCAGGGAAAACAAAUGUGUGUGUUAUGUGUAAUGAAUGAUUAUGAAUGAGUGCAGUGUAACUGUUCAGGGAUAAUAUGUACAUAGAUUGACAUUCUUGCCAUUGCUGUACUUAUAAUUAUUAUUACUGUUAUUGUUAUUAUUAUUAACUGCCUCCACUUUUCCUAGCAUCGUCUCCUUUACGCUGAACACUGGCUAUUGUGAAGCUAUACCACUCUGCUGUCUUUGUAAACUCGACACCAUUUUGUAAUUGAGGAGCCUCAAUAAAGAAUUGAGGAGGAA